AUGGUGGUCGGCCUCUCAAUCGCCGAGGGUUUGGUUCGACGGCUGAGAUUACUCCACACGUCUUUUGCUGGUCUCGCCUCCCUUGGUUUGUAAGCAUUACUUGAGGUUGAUGCGUGCAUUUUGUUCUGUAUAGCCAGCAUGGAUAAGCGCACGAGCCCGAAAUGGGUUCAACCUCAACCAAAGGUGAAAGCUAAGUUACCGCCCCUGAAGUUGUUUAACAGUCUUUCAAACAAUAAGGUUUGUUUCCCCUUUUGCCACUCAGUGUAUUCCAGGAUGCAUUUAUUCCAAUGGACGGAACUAACGUAACUUGGUACUGUUGUGGACCAACCGUUUAUGACUCAGCUCAUAUGGGCCAUGCAAGGUUAACUUCCUCAAUCAGUCUUAAAACUUUUCAAUAGAUCUUACAUUUCUUUUGACAUUCUUCGGCGAGUCCUUUCGGACUAUUUUGGGUUUAAGAUUAAUUACGUAAUGAAUAUCACAGAUAUUGACGACAAGGUAUUCUGUUUCCGUUUAAAGCCCAUCUUUUCCAGAUAAUUAGGAAGGCUCGGCAAAAUUACCUUGUUGGGAAGUACUUUAAAGAGGCGUCAUCUAUUCCCAAAGUAAAAGAGGACAUUCGGAAUUCAAUCAAGGUACUUUGGAUGUUAUUAUAUGAGUAGUUCUCAUCGCAUACGCUCAGUUGACUGCGUGUAUCAAUUAAUGCUGUGCCGCAAAUAUUACUGGCAUAUUACAGAGUUUCUUUUGACUCUAAGACUGUCGUGUUAAUUCCUUACGGAAGGGCUGAGAUUUGCUGCAACCUGUGCUUAUACUUGUAUCUGCAGCUCCUGGAAACCAAAUCAAAAGUUCACCCCGAACCAGAUCAACGGGCCUACCUAAGACGUGAGGUAGAUAGGAUUCGUCGGCUUCUUACUGCCCGUACCUCCCUCACCGGCCUUCUGACAGGUGCUCAAGACGCUUUGGCUGACUAUUUGGACAGCAAUUAUGGAUCCACUAUCUCAGAUAACAAAAUUUUCGAGGCGCUGCCGCGAGCAAUUGAGGAAGAAUUUCUCUCAGAUAUGCGAGCCUUGAAUGUAUGUCGUCUGUUUGGCCUUCUUUGCUGGACUUUGAGUUCUUAAUCACUGCCUUAUCCGUCUUACCCAACCUAAUUGUGUUUUCAUUCAUCCAGACUCCAUGCUUGAGAGAUCUUUUAAGUCCCAAGUAGAGUACCAUGACAGGACUUGCUAGCUAAACAACAAUAGUUAACAUCGAUAUGGACUUAGCUCCGCUCGAAAGUAAAGUUCCCAUGUAGGUCUCAUCGGGCCGCUUUUUUUCUGCCACGCGAGUGCCGGUCAGUGAGACUCUGGAGAUGUGCCUUAAAUAAUAACCAAUGCCUGAAAUCUGCAUGCCGGAGUUCAUCUGAUCCUGUUAGUACUGUUUCGAAGUUGUCUGUUACGUGGUCGCUUGCCCGACUGAUUCACAAUUGCCACUGAAUCUGCGGCCUAAGGUCAUGGCCCGAGUUUUCUCAUAACCGCAUCCAGCAUCAGAACGGACGCUAGUUAGCCGAGUCUAAAGCAUCACAAAUUAUGAACAACAAGGAGUUAACUUACAGGAGCGAGUGUGCGUGAGUACCGUUAGAUUGGUCACAGUGCCAUCCAGCAACCGGACCAACUGUAACCUCCCUGGGGAAAACUGGUCGCACUACAGGACUGAGGGAAAACACAAAUUGUUUUUUUCUACAAUACUCGUAUGAUGACAUAGUCUCCCCGCGUCCUGUUCUGUGAGCAAUUUCAGCAAGUACGACCACACGUCGGUGGAGAUCAUCUGUCAUCCGGGGAGUACGUCAGGUAUAGGCGUGGUUGAUCUCCUGCUUAUUGAAUUAUCUAAGGGACGACGAAAUACUCUUAUUCCGUCUUAUAGAGGCAAUGACUCGGUUGCUUAUUUCUUGAACAGGUCAUGAGCAGAUCAAGAAAUUUUUCAUCAUUCCUAACCGAUCAGAUUUGUCGCAAACUUAUGUCUGUUGCCGGUGCGAAGUCUGGGCCUCCAUACCGUCAGGUUCACCUAAGUGGAGCUUGAUGCCACGUCUAUGGGUUAAACCGAAUAAGUUUGCUGCAUUGAGCGCCAAGCCAACCCGCAACAUCCAGGGUACGCUGUUAUUGAUGGAAGUCGCUAAUUAUAUUUGGCACGUUGCCUUUCAGACACCAUGGAUUUUGUAAUGGAUGUGUAGAGUUUUGACAUGACCGAAACCAUGACGGUACCUACACAGGAAGUCUCGGGGUACCACACCAAAUAAGACUUUUUGCAUAAGUUUAAUGCACUUUUAUUUUAAUAAGACGAGCUUAUUUUAUUAUUUAUCCCGAAAACAGAAAUGGUCUGUGUUAUCAAGAAAAGACCCACCAGCGACUCACAAAGAACUACUUAACAUCAUUAGUCUCGCGGAUAUGCUGAAUUUUCCAAAAAUGGGUUGAUGCAUCCUUAUUUUUUCGCACAGUUUCAGGUCGCAAAUUUGUUUCUUUAGGUGAAAGUUGACUCAAAAACUGGCUGAUUCGAUUGUUUCGGCACUUGCUAUUGCCGUGGCCGUGCCCACUCUACCUGUUACCCAAUCUUCAUCAUGUAGUUCCCCUACACGCGUAAUGAUCUGUGGCCUGAGAUCAGAUGCCCCCAUCCGCUUUGUUCUCCUGUGGCAAAGAUCGAAUACCAAAGCCCCAUCUCGGUUUCUUAACCAGCUGCGUCGAGCCAGGUUUUAAAUCAACAUCUUCGUCCCCUCCGUUAAGAUAGUGACGUCUAUUUUGGGGUAGCAGUACUGAGGUCAUGGGGCGGCCGACAAAACCCGUGCAAAACUCUGGCCGUCUUUCUUGUGUCUCAAAAAUUAUCCCUUCGACACUGUCGUGUCGAAUGCGGACUCUUCUCUAGGAGGAAAGUCUGUAUACUUCAUUGUGCAGAUGAUUAGGGUGAUGGCCCAGGCAAAAUGCAGGGCCGCGUGUCAGCCUUCUGGACCUCUGGAUUGCGAGCGUCUGCUAUGCCAUGAUCAGCAAACCAUGACCCUCGCGGCCUGGUGUGAGCCGGCGGUUAUCGGGCACCUGAUUCCUACGCCGGUAGCUACGCUUGCGCUCUCGCUGGUAUACAGGUGCGCAUAGUUGCCGGUCGUCCUCGUCUUUCUGUUGUUUUCGUUGUGGGUUAAAACCAUGGCCACGCGUCUGUUGUGGAUCGAGGGGUGUGGAGUGGUACGCCUGUGCGGGUCCGGCCGUGCCAUCCACCUGCACCCUCUCCCGCCUCCGGUCUACUUGACUGUCUUGACACCGGGCCCAGGUGGGGAGGACGGGAAAGUCCGGUAGAUGCUGCUCAAGUCUACUCUUACUCUAAACGAAUCCACACCGAAGUCACCGUGCCUGCUUCACCAUGCUAUGGAGCACACAGCGGACAUUGUUGUUUGCGACGGUCGAUUUGUUCGUCGUUUACGUUUACCUGCUUAUUCGUGCUACCUUUCUGGGCUUGAGGUGCACCGUUGGCUAACUGAUAUCGUUAGACUGAACACCAUGAAUACCACCGUUUAUGACUGUCUACGCCAUUCAUGAGGACUUCCGUAAAUGGCGAAUGACAUUUGCUGUUGGUUAGUUUUGCUCUGCGCUGCCAUCCUUGGAGGGGGGGGGGGGGAAUUGAUCUCAGUCUUCCAUUAUGUUCGUUAACUGCAGCCACCACAUGGUCAGUUCGUAAACCUGUUAUUUUUUAAUACUAGCAUAUCAGAUUUCACAGCUUAUUCUCAUUUCGGCAACUCUGAUCUAACCUGUAUCUUUUGUAGGUGUUAGACGCGACGAAAUUGACCCGCGUUAGUGAAUACAUAGAGCCAAUCAUCAAGUUUAUACAGAAGAUCAUCGACAACAAGUUUGCGUAAGUACUAAUUCCUCAUUCUUCUUUAUCUUAGUUUGCGCGUUUUUUGCACUAAUUAUUCUUUCAAGUGUUUCUUCGUAUUCCCCGACGCUGAUCUGGUGUUUUCACGAGCUCUCGUUUAGUUUUCUUGUCCCGUCCAUCCCGGUCCGUCAAAACGCAGUCGUUGACCCUCCAUAAAUAUUUUCGGUCACUAGUUGCCGCCUGUUGUAUAACUUGCGCUCAGCUAAAGUGCGUCAGGGCUAUGUAAAGACCCCUUAAAUUUCAAGCUUUAUAAUUAUAUUGGAAAGUCAUUCAUAAGGGAAAACUAACCCCUAAAAGUCUGACCACGCUUCUUGCUCAUUCCAAAGAGGGGUCUGUUUUUAUUUGUGCGAUAUUCACUGGAGUCUAGUCUGAAUGACUGGGUCUGCCUCUCUAUGAGUCACGUAUUGCGUCCGCUAGUGUUGGAUACUGAAACAGCCUUCAAAGGACACUAACGGCUAGGUAAGAUGCUCUCGGGUCUGACGAAUAGGCAUACGGGAGCAUGCAACGCCAGUACCUUCUGUGACUGGGAGCCGGUCCCAGCUAUAGAGCGUUGGCUGUACUAAAGCCUCCCCUUGCUGACCUUGGUUCGACUCCCUCCAAGGCGCCGAGUUUUUCACAGUUGAGUCCAAAGGAAUUAUUCGAAAAUAUUUGGAUAGGUCUGAGCUACAUGCUCAGGCGGAUAGUACGCUAUGGCUAGUGACUUCCACUUACGGCCUGUAAUGCCUCCAUAGUUUAAGGCUUAGGGAGAAUCUCGUUAGCAUACCCGUAGUUAUUGUAUAUUUUGAAUUCUAACCUCAUGCACUUUUAAACUGUGUUACAUAUGGCACGUUUGCAUCACUCGUCGGUCUGAUUGGUCGCUCGCGAAUACACCGCUCUGAAACUGGUGAACCAGCACCCAAAACCCCAAAAUACACCCGUCGCAUCCGCCCCACCUGCCCACAGUGGCCCCCACAUUCCACCAUCGCGUGAGCCUUUCGGUCGUCUGAGCAUGCACAAAUGUCUUGGGUGAAAGACCGCCUUCCAACCCCAUCACCGCACAUUGUCCCACCGGCACACGCACCCCUUGACCACACAUGAACCCAUUCCACACCACACGCCUCCCUUGUCACAUCGUACCACGUCUCGACAACAUGCAUGUGACCGGCUUCACCAUCGCCAGUACGGCGGUUAGAACACCACAUGCGAGAGCAAGCACAUUUCACGUGAAUGGAAAGAAUGCUGUUGGUGUUUGCUGGUACAUGAAGUGGUGACCAGGUGUGGCACACACAGACGGGCUUUCAAGCUCUGUCCGCCAUCACCAACUGGUUGAUGGACUCGGACAGUCUACAGGUGCAUGGGAGAAGGAGAGUGACGCCGACACUGGGGAAUCCACCCCAACGGUACUAAAAUAAAUCUGACUUGCUUGAAUCUAUCGCGGUAUGCUAAGAGUCAUGGCUUGGGAAGUUGCCAACUAAUGGGCUAACUCGUUCGUCCCGGGAGUGUUUUGGAGUGAGUGGAGGACCGAGAGUCAAGCCCACUGGUUUGUCCUUAGUGUGAUCUAUAAUGUCAUCUCACUAGUAUGAGAUCUGAGCCACCCUUACAAUGGCUUCGUGCAUGUAACGGUGACUAGGUGGUGUGUGGCAAGCGCAGAGUUGCUGCUUAGCUCUGUCAGUCUUUGCAUCCGCGUCCACCUGCGGGUGUCUUGGCAUUGUCAUACUAUCGAGAAGGGGGGUUAGGGAGGAGAGUAUGUGGCAACUUCUGCACAACACUGCCUCAAGAAAAUCUCAUCGACGUGCAGGCCACCGUCCUGCACCCCCACGCCAUGGAGCACACGAUGGACGUCCUCCACGACUGCCACAUCGAGUUAAGCCGGAGAGUAGGUCUUGGCAUCCUAAGCUACGCCCUGAGGCAACCAGGCAAUCUUGGUUUAGGCGACUCCUGAACAUUCGAAUCGGACCUUGGACACCAUUAAUGUAAACCACUGUGUAUACUGAAAGUCGUGACAUCCUAAAGUUGACAAACUAGGUAAUGCAACAUUAUUUCAACGUGUUCACGAUUGAGUUCCCGUGUAAGCAAUUCUACAUCCUAGGUAAAACAUAUCCUGAAUUUUAUGCAGUCGGUCAGAAACAUGCCAGAUGUUGCCUUGAUGUUGUUUGAUCUCUCCUUUUUCAGUUAUGUUGUUGAAUCUGGAUCUGUUUACUUCGACACAAAGCGGUUUGCUGACACAGAAGGUCACUUUUAUGCCAAGCUGAUGCCUUCCGCUUAUGGGGAUGCUGAUAAGCUUGCCUCUGGAGAGGGAGACCUUUCUACGGGCUCUGAAAAGCGAACCUUCAGCGACUUUGCCCUAUGGAAGGCCUCAAAACCGGGUGAACCAUCUUGGCCUAGCCCAUGGGGUAAAGGCAGACCCGGCUGGCACAUUGAAUGUUCCGUAAUGGCCAGCGACACUCUCGGUGACACCAUCGAUAUCCAUACCGGCGGCUUUGACCUUAAAUUUCCUCAUCAUGACAACGAACUGGCACAGUCGGAGGUACUCGUGGACUUUUAUUUUCACCUUUGUCAUUUAACCUCUUUUCGGUGCUGCACAUCGGAUCGCUUCUUUGUCUUAUUCCACAUUGCCGUCCCCUUCAUUUUUUCUGUCUUAUCAUCAUAAUGAUCACUUCCACCGUUCGCUACCGGUAAAGACGCUGAUUUCCAUAAUUAAGCCUGCUCCUCCUUCCUAUCACUCAUUUUUUGCUUUAGAUCGCGCCGAGGUAGUCAGUUUUCUUUUGUGAUGUUUAUUUGUCCAUUUUUGUUGCCAUUUAUACAUAAGCCAGACUACCUACUCCACGUUCCUCAAUACAAAAUCUUCAUGCGUCACAAGUGCGAUUAAUUUUUUACGCUACCUCCUCUAACUAUGUUUUCUUAUUGCUUUAGGCUUAUUUCGGCCACUCCCACUGGGUUAAUUACUUCCUACAUGCUGGACACUUGACGAUCAGCGGCUGCAAGAUGUCGAAGUCUCUGAAAAAUUUUGUGACAAUUCGAAAAGCCCUGGAAAAGCACUCAUCACGGCAACUACGAUUCGCUUUCCUGUUGCAUAGUUGGCGGGAUACCCUCGACUACAGUGCGGACACCAUGAGCCAGGCCCUCGCCUUCGAUAAGACUGUCACCGUAAGCGUCUGAUUCCACAUAUCAUGAUCUGUGGAAGGCCACAUUUUUUCUUCGGUGCUCCUCCAGACAGACAGUAGGAGUUCCCUAACAGCAGGAAAGGUAUUUGAUCGGGAAAACUCGGCUUCAUGCAGAUGCGCAUCUCGAAGACGGAGAUACGAUCGUUGGGACAAGAGCUUUGUUAGCCUGACGUUUCGGAUUCUCACUCGAAUCCAUCAUCAGUGACAGAGUCAGAUAAGGGUGGUGGAUUGCCCAGGUAUUGCAGCAUUUAUAGAAUGUGGUUGCUAGGCCGCUACAUGCCUGUCGCAGCUGGCAGCUCCCGAGCGCAUCACAGCUCGACUGGCCAGGUGUUGAAGCACGCAACUACCGUGCAGUUUCCAUGCGCUUGUUUGCCGGUCAAGAUUAUUGAUUCCCACAUUCAUCGCACGCAGUCGAGUUGCUGACGGUCGGAUUUCGUCAUCCGUGUGGACUGUUAGGCAAUUUGGCUCGCCGAUAUUGACACCAGGAACGGUGGUCAUACGCACGCUGUCCUCGCGGCUAACUACUUUGCAGCGCCGAAUAUGGAGCGGGGAGGUCGUUGUGCUUGCUGAUUGACUGAGGACCGGGAAGCCAUGACUUGAGCAGUUGGCGGCUCACGCGGUUGUCACCUCUAGCAGGAAUUUCUGCUUCGUCAAUUUUGAAUGGGUGGUUAGGUCCCGUCUAGUGAGCCGCGACUUGAGAGCUGACGUCUUUCCUCCUCACCGCUGCUGCGUGCUCGGCCACACGCGUUCGCAGUAGUCUUCCGGUUUCGCCGACAUAGUUGCUUUGCCCACAGCUGCACCAGACACGCCAAACGGCACCAGAUGUUUCUUGCUGUGGCAAUGGGUCUUUCGGCCUCAUGAUCUGGCGCCUUAUGGUUGCCUCCGGUCUGUGUGCUACUCCGAUUCCCAAGGGCGGCUGACGGCUUCUGAGUUCGGGAGAGCUCGCCAAAAUUAGGGACCGGCUGGAUUUCGUCUCUCGUCUCGUUUGCGCGGGCACUGGUUAAGGAAGUAGCGCGGGUAGCCACUGGCUUUGAAUACUCGUCGAAGGUAUUGUAAUUCAGCAACAUUGUCUUCCGGUUCACUGUAGUUUGUCUCCACACGCUGGUAUAGUAUCCUUACGCAACUGCGUUUGUAACUGAUUGGGUGGUUGCUGUUGUAGCUCAGUACCUGCACUGCAGUAAACAGGAAGACAAGGUUGCUGAAUUACACCUAAGCAAUUUACUACCCUUAUCUGACUCUGUCUCUGAUGAUGGAUUCGAGUGAGGAUCCGAAACGUCAGGCUAAUAAAGCUCUUGUUCCAGCGAUCCUGUCUCCUUCGCGACUACUUCCUGGAACUCGCCUCUUCGCUUCUGUUAGUUGCGCAUCUGUCAGGAGUCUGUUACGAGAAAACCUAGGUGUCUGACAGUUCCCCUUACCUUGCUGUGCCAACACGUCUGGGCGCCUUUGAUUUGUCGGACGAGUGAUAUUCGCAAACGAUAGCGGGUCUUGGUUUUCCCCGUAAAUUGCCAUUUUGUUAUUAGCUCUGAUUUAACUUACGAUUAAUGAACUACCAUUAAGUUUAUAUCUGAUAUGGGGUUCUUUACCUUUCGAAAUACCCUCAUCUUUCUCAAUCCAUAAAUACGAGGCAAAAAGGAUAUAUAACUUAAUAGAAUAUGAAUUUUCACACCCCCCAAGCACUUUGACACAAGACCGUCUCUGACACGACAAUAGUGCUAAAAGGGGUUUAGCAUGUGGGACCUUGACAGCCUUACCGAAAGCUCAUUGGCCACUCUGCCUCCAGCUCAGUUACCAGGCCCUUUACCGAAAAUAUGCACGCAAAAUUUUCUUUAUGACCUCACGCGGAUUUCUAUUCGCUACUAUUGGCUAAUGCUGGUCUGAAGAGAAUUGUUAAACGGGUCAUCGAUCGCAUCCAAGCUGAGGGUAGGAACAGUCAAAUGGUACGAAAUAUGUAUACUAAGAACGGCGGGAUCGACACAUCGGAAAAUGUUAAAUAAUACAAAAGGGGAUGAGAUUUACAGCAGGAGGGAUAAUCCGUCUGGAUGAGGGGGUGAUACGAACAUGCCAGCUAGAUAACCAGUGGGCAAUGCAGGGCUGUCGGCAACUGCGGUGGGGCCGUGGAGAAUGCUCGAUCCACUCUUCUCCACUGAAAGAGGCCCGAUUUGAAAGAUCAAGGACCACUUUAAUGUCUUCAUAGACCUUGUCGAGCCAGGUUUUGAGCAGAAUCCGUGGCCAUCUCACGUUUGGCAGCAAUGUUUACUUAAUGCAACGUUAAAGUCACGGGCCGGACGACCCAGAACAACCCUUACCAUUCAGACGUCUUCCUAUGUUGACACGGGAUAUCCGCGCCGUGUUAUUGCAAUGAGUUUGGGCUUUCACAUUAUAGAUAUAACUUGAUUACUUUACACAGAGGUUCGCCGUCAUGAAACAGUGUCUGAAAAAGUAUAUUUUUGUACGUCGUCACCAAGGUCCCACAUUCACUACUGUGGCGGAGAAUCGGCCUGUUGGGUGUUCAGUACACUGGACCCUUAUGAUCAUUAAGAUAUCACUGCUGGUCCACAGAAUUGGCCACUCCUGGUCGGGCAUGCAGUUCGAGAGUGCAUUGGUUUUGGCAGCGUAGAUGGAUGAACUAGCAAAUUUAGCGUCCUUCGUUCACCCAUGACACUUAUAUUUUGUGAUCAUAGUUUCAUACUAGCAAUACAGUAUCAUCAGCAUAGUCAAGGCGGGUGAUCCUGCGUCUUGGUGCAGGUCCGACAUCGUCCACAACACUUAAGAAUCCACUGAAUGAGUUAGUUAAGUAAAGGGGGCGGCGGACGUGGACAUGGGCAACGGCGAUGUUAAUAAAGUACCAUUUAAGUCCUACGUAUGCGAUCUGGUCGUUGUUUGGCCCCCACACAGACAGGACUUGACUCAGCCGUGCUUAGUGGGUGGUCGCAACACUAUGUUGCCAGAGGGUCCGUACUAGCUGCGAGUUCUUGGUUUUCCAGAACCCGAGUCUGGGAUUAGGACGUCGGACAGGUUACAGAUACACUGCAUGAGCUAUAGCUGUGCAUUCUUGCACUUAGGCUACCAGAAUCCAGGGACGUUUGCAUAUUCCUGCAUCCCGUACCAAGGGUCCACUACUCUGUAAGUGGUCCAGCUCUCCUAUUACUCACUGUUCUCAAUAGAUCCAAAUUGCGGUGUAUUUCGUUUUUCCGGAAAGCCGUAGCUUGGAUGAAGGUACCACGUCCAAGCGAUUGUUUUAUCAGGUCCCCUUAAGAAUUUGUGGUGUAGACGGAUCUGCAACAGUCGCCAGGUUUUUUAAAGCCGGUUCUUCUAAUGCUUUGGCCUGUUGGAACCUAAGUGUAAAACAGAGACAUACUUACUCUUUGUUCACAAUCGUCGUGCUGUCACAAAGCCUUAGAGUACCCCUUGAGAAUGUCGGCCCGUCAUAUCAUGGCGCUGAUAAUACUGGUCAACGACUAGUUAUUCGCCAGAGUAGGAACACUGAUUUCGUAGCCAGUCUCUACCGAAGAUCAUUCCUCGCUCUGCCAUCCAUGGACCUGCUGGGCAGCCUGAAACCAGGUUGUCAGAGGUUGCUCUUUUCAGACCUUUAAUGUUGCCAGUUAGACAAUAUACUAUAAAUCUUCCUGCUUGGACUUAUGGGUCGGAACCCACCGUAUUUUGAAUGUUGAUUCACCUUCAGACACCAGUUAGCCCUAGCUGCUGAUAUAUGUUUCUUCUCAUGGCAGUUCAAAGACUUGGAAUUUUAGAACUUAUCCUCGCAUGACCUCGACCCGUUCUUUCUCCCUCAGGACUUCCUUUUCAACGUCACCCACGCCGUCCGCCUGAUGUCCAACGAGAAAUCUGUCAACGGACCCUUGCCCGCUGCUGAUGACCUUUCUAAAGCCCUUGUCAGUGCUGAGAAAGAGAUCUACGACGCCCUAUGUGGUUAGGAAUGAGCUUUUUGUUUGCACGCAUCUCUUACGCUUUUUAAACGUAAUUUACAUGCCGCUGUUGCACAUGCUCUGACAAUCGUUCCACAACUGCGCGAGUUCUCAUCCAUAAAGACAUCUCUCAGCCGUCCAAUACCCGAUCUGGUGUUGGACAAGUGUGCUACCUGUCGCCCAGUCUGUUCAACGGCGCCAUCGACUGGAUUCUCAAAAGGGCCCCAUACGGUUUUGACGGUGCGCAGUUUGAACCAGGACGCCGGCUGACUGAUCUAGACUACGCUGACAAUAUCGCCCUGUUACCCAUGGGCGAAUGAAGUCGCUACUUCUGUCGGUUUACCCACAAAUGCUGGAAAGACAAAAUUGUUUUCAAACCGCAUCCCUGACCGGGAAAAAAGGUACCCCUCGGUAUUAACGACUGCCCAUUCGAAGAAUUAGACAGUUCCAAUUACCUCGAGGCGGGGUUGUUGUCGAAUGGAUAGAGCACGGACGACAUCGUUUCCGAACCGAUAUUUCUCAGGAUUUUCACAACCUUUAAAAAGCGUUUACGGACCCGACUCGGCAUCUCCAUGGCUGCGAAAAUCCGCGUGUACCGUGCGUACGUCCGGCCCGUCCUACAACACGAUGGUGAAUGAUGGGUUGUGCGCGUAGAUGAGCUAAAAGUGGAACUAUCUGAUCAUCGCUGCUUGAAGACAAUCCUUCGAGUGAAGUACACCGACUUCAUCUCAAAUGAGACAGUUCGCGCUCGCUGCGACAACAUCGUAAGGAUAGUCCAGGCCAUCCUGGAAAGGUGACUGAGGUGGUUUGGGCAUGUUCUCCGUCGUCCACCUCACAAACUCAGUGUUGCUGUCCUCGAUCCGUCGCCAUUGUCCACCCGCAGGCGUCGAAGAGGAGGUAAACCCAAGACCUGACUCGUUACGGUUAGUCGAGACAUGGGAGCGGUUUUUAGACCUUCGGUAUUCUGCCCCUGUCACCGGAGAAGAAAAUGAGUAGACCUUUCUAGGUCCACUGUCCCGAAUCUUCACGCGUGGAGAGAUACAAUACGUGGCAUCAUCGAAGCUGGCUUCAUCAGGCAUUAUCACAGCCGCACAAAGUACAUGCUCUGACGAAUAAGAACUUCAGCUCCCAUCCCAGCAAUUUCAUUCAAACAGUCCUUAGGGGCUCAAGUGUGCGUUCUUCAGUUUUUGUAAACUCUUCCGGUAGGGAGUAAAUUCAUAAGAAACUCCCAUCAUUACCCAUUCUGGCGUGAGCACAGUUUAUGCACGUUAAGUUCGGUAUUAAGACCGUCCCGACGAAUACUCUACUAUAACCCUCCUGACAAGUUUCAUCGCAUGCUUUCUGCAUGAGUGUUGUGCUAAUAGUUGGCAUGUAUAUGCGUCAGGCUUAAUAGGUUUACGCAUAGUCCGGCCCCGGCCGUGCUACGCGGGACGUCGAAAUUCCCGUUUAAUUUCCGGAUACUUAUUUCACCUUCCUGCAUGGCAGCCGGUCGACUCGAUGGACAUCAAUUGCACCUGGCACCACUAUCACCCAUUCUGUGAUUGUCGUCCAACGGUCUGUCCGUGCUUAUAAUUUUACUAACGCAGAUAAACUCCACAAACCUGGGGGAGGAUACGAAAGUCGGCGUAAUCUCUUCAUAUGCUGACUUUAUCCGAUGCGUCGACUUUGCAUACUUUUCUUUCAGUCGCUUCUUCUCACAGUCCUUUUUGCCGACUGCCUGAGGUCACUGGUCUUGAAGAAGGGUUAAUGACACGAGGUAUCCUCCCCAGUGACACCUAGUGCAUAAUGUGGCUUUAAAAUUCGGUGUAAUGUUCCUCCUCGUUUUUGCUUUGAUAAUUCAUUAUUAACCACUUAGUGCGCAUUCUCUCCCUAUCUCACGUCCCCACCAAAUUACAGUUCAUUCGUUGGCCUGUGCGUUUAGCAGUUAACUCUGGAAUAUUCGUACUCCUCCUUUUCCAGACUCGCACAAGUAUCCGUUUAUUGUACACUAAUUCAUUACUAAGUUCUACCUCCUACCUAACAAAUGCAUCGUACUAUCAGGCAGCACUUCGUUAAGCUCUCGUAUACGACUCUACUCUUCUAUUUUCAAGUGAGGUUAUGAAGUGGAGUGUGUGCGUUCUGCCCCUAGAUCGGGGCCCGACAAAAGUUAUUGGGAAUGCGCCCCAUACCAAAUCCAACAUUGGGCGUGUGGUGUCAGGCCCAGUUGGAGGUCCACGCCGCGCCAGUUAGGGUCUGAGUCGCUCCCCUCUUUUGUGUGAAAUCCUGAGUCAGUGUGUGUUGUGAACCAGGGGUGUAGUGGUACUGCUAAGUGCGUAUUUUCGCGUGCCAGCCACCGCCUCCGGUCAUCUUUACUCUAUUGACACCGCACUCAAGUGGAGAGUGCGGUAGACGCCGCGCAGGUAUACCACAGCCAUAAGAGAAACCAAACGCAAGUCAUCGUCACUGCUUUCACCCUGUUGUGGAGCACACGGUGAACCUUCUGGGUCACGACAGUCGAGUUGCCAUACAUAAUCCAAGUGUGUUUGUGUGUAGGUAGAUGGAAAGUGGGGCUGUGCUGCCAUGCUGGGCAUUUCUAUGUAUCCACAAACUGCCGAGCAAAUAAAUAGGGUGUCUGAAUGUCCUGGCACAAUAUGGACUAGUAAGUUUUUUAUGAAGUGUUGGUUGGGGCUCAGGGCACUGUAAUAGGUCCACGGGUGACCGCCCAGGCCAACGUAUGUUUGAAAUUUGCGGUCGCACUAUGAUCAGAUUGACACAACCUAGAUUGCUGUUAGCGAUAGAUGGCGGUGGUGGUGUUGAUAGACUAUGUGGGGGGUUAGUUGCUGGUGUUGACAUUGGGCCAAGCUUGAAGGUUUCCAGCAUGAUCAACGCCGGCCUUGGAUACGCGUUGACAGUGACGGUUAGCUCGUCACGGGCUUAUCACUGUAAACGAACCUUUGAAGUGUUGGUUUGUGUUGACUGCAUUUUUUUCUUAGGACCGAACAUUCCACUUUUCUGUAGUCUAAAGCCUUCAUCAGUAAAAUUAUUGCAUAGGCCAUUUCGUAGGUUUUAUUUUGGUGCCCCCUCGAGGUGUACCGGACUUCCUAAAUAAAUCCAGGCAAAAUGUUUUUCGCACAUGCCCAUUCCAUUUUGCCUCAGUCGUAAUUUUUGAAACCCACUGCUGCAGUCAUCACUUUGGGUAAUUUGUACACGCCUUUUGGGCAGAUUUAUUCCUUUAUUUUUGUGUUAUAUCGUUUUACUUCAUUUCAAACUUAUAAGCCGCUUGUACCGGAGUCCGUAGGCUGCGCAGUGGACCUCCAAAUCUAUUUUUGAUGACGAUAUUCUGCUACCAAUAAUUUGCCCGGUCCCUUUUUAGUAAAAUGUUUGACUACAUGCCCCGUUUUUUGAUCACAGUUUUUCUUCGAAAGUGGUUCAGAAGUAUGUUUGCCGAAUAAUAUUUGGAGGCUGUAUUGCAGUUAACUUACCUCAAAUCACCCAAACAUUCUGCGCAGCAUUGUUCUUAAUAGAACUAUUUUCAAACAUCAUAUAUCGUUGAAAGAGUCCUUGAAAAUACAGCAAGUGGCAGUCGAAAAAGUACGCAAGUUUUCAUGCGGUUACUCCCCUGUAAACAGUCAUUUCAAGGCCUGUUUAUGAUUAUUGACUACAUCUUCAAAGCGUAAAACGCUUUUACGAGGUUCGUGUGAGCGUGGUUUAAAUUGACAGUAUCAAAAGACAAAACAGGGGGCAAAACGCGUUUACUAACUUUUAUCUCUGUUUGUCUCAGUGCUGGUUAGAUGUGGAGCUCUUAGGUUUCGGGAGAGACCUAGCCCUCACCUUCAGUUAAUGCUCUUUUACUCCUGACAGUUGAUCUGAAUCUUUCUUCUUUUCCAGACUCUGUUGAUACUCGACGGGUCAUGCAUGUUUUGCGCGAGCUGAUCGGAGCUUUCAAUCAAACCGACUGCGCUUCCCCCCUCGUUGCUUCCUCGCCCCAUUUGAUUUCGAGAGUUCAUCAGGCAUACUGUCUAGCUGCUUUCAUCCUUCGCUUGUUACGCAUCUUUGGCGCUGUGGACAGGACGGCUGUAAGUCAAGUUUGGCCGGAUGAUCCUUUACAUCUCACUAACGGUGGUGCUUCUCCCGUGUCAACUCAUGACCUAAAGGAGAGGUCUGUCAAGCCGAUUUGGAUCUCCAUGGAGGCGCCUAAGUUCACAAAACUGGCCCUUACACUCCGUGGUGCCUUGGAGUCAUGCAAGGUUCUUUCGGAUGAAGUUCGAGCCUCCGCAAAUAAUCAAAAAUGUAAUUCACCUUCUUAUGACCCUACUCUUCUCUGAGUGGUUUGGAUUUACUUAAAGAGCCAGAUGUGGGAGAUCUAGCAAACGGAUAUUUUCUUAGGAACUUGAUUGGCAGAGGCUAAGAAGUACACACCCCCUAAAGUGACCUUCCGGUCGAGCUUUUUCUACUGUUUAUACAGAGAUGACACGGGAGGAAGGGGGGGGGGGGGGUCACCAACAGCUGCCUUACUGCAAACUUACAUUCAUUAGACGAGUCGCUUUGUUCUACGCUUUCUCGUAAUGGAAAGCCUUAGGCCAAGAAGUCCACGAAGACGGUCGUGGGCCAAUUGUAUUGGCCGAGUCUAAAAGACUGACUAUAUUGUCCUUCCAUGAGAAGUACGGUUUGUUCAUGUUUGCAUUUUCUAACUUAUUCCCAUGUUUUCUCAGCUGCUCUGUGCUUGUUGAGUUUUAAACUAAGAAAGAAAAUCCAAAAAGUCAUGAUUUGUGAGUGUACCAACCCCUAAGGCGUUCGUUCGUCCACAUAUCCGUAAUUCUCAAGCGGUUGUGGGAAACCCUUCUCCGGUGGGCCAUUUCAACUAUCCCCCUUUUCCAAGUAACUGGUCUUCUACAGUAUUUUAGGCUAAACCACUCUUGUGAAUCUCACCACUACGUUAUUCUGUGCGGCAAUCAAGGACCUAACGGUCAAUCAUGUGGACAAGUACUGACAGAUUGCAGUCGAUUGGAAAUGUUGCUGACGAUUUUUUAUGCUGCACCCAAAUAAACCACUGCUAUUAGUAGGGUGGAAGGGCGCAGUAGCCGUCAUUUCUAUUUGGCGUUGCGGAUCUUUUGGGUCAUCUGUCCGUUAUCGAAGACAGAAAGUACGAUAGUCGCCAAAUUAUAUGGCUGGCACGAAUUGACAAGUUUUUUAGGGUUUGGCGGCAAGUGUAUGCCAAUGGUGGUGGCCUGACUGCGCGCCUUAACACUGGCAUCGGAGUUGGCUUGGCGUAGCCUCGUAGGCAUCACUCAGUCCUCUUUUCAUUUCUAACGUGUGUGCUCCGAAUCCUUAUGGUAACCGGCACAUUUGAGUCUCUCUGUUUGACUCUCCUCGUCCAGACACUACCUCUAGUUUUUGCGUCCCGGCAGGAGGUGGGACCGUCAGCUCCUAUGGAGUCCUCCGAGAAUCGUCUAAUGUCAGAAGGAACUUUACGUUGAAGACCCACAGCAAAAAUGCUUGUUAUCACCUCUGCCUGUUAAUUUACCACAAGACUGUUCUCUUCCAGGAACUUAACGCUGCAUCCAAGGGUAUACGUCUUUAACAUGUAAAGUCUGGUCAUGUCCAUAGGCAACAUGACACCAAUUAUGUGACCUUUAUUAAGGAAGGUUUAAAGAGCCUGUCAAGCACGUCACUGGACAGGUCUUUUUAUAUAAUCCCGUGGAUGAGGUUAAAUUUGUGAGUGAUUGUCGCAGAUUGACUCCUAAUGCCGGUCUUGGGUCUUGCCAAGAAUGCCGAACUCUGUCAUGUUCAAACUUCCAUAUUGACCGUCAAAGUUCUCGUUUUUCUCAUUUCGUACCCAAAAUGCUUGGUUUUUCAAAUCGAAUUUCAACUUAUUAGUGUAGUUUCAUCAUGACUGCCAUCAAAGGCUGAUUAGACUUAAAAGCUGUUUUUAGUGAAGAGAGUGGUAGUUUAGUAACGUCAGGCAUGGUCGCUGCCCUAUGCAACCUUUACGACAGUGAUCUUAAAGUUGGUCGCUGACCUUGAUUAAAUCUGCACCCUAAAUUCUUCGCUAAGACAUGCCUUUUUCGAAAUCUACUCGUCAGGCCUCCUGUAUGGCCAUCAUUCAUACUCCCUGUUUUGUUUUGAAUUGCUCGUCUUUCGUUUCCCAUUGUUUGAAGUACUUACUAGAGAAAUGACCACUGUGAGUGCAAAGUGCGUUCAUUUACUUUUACCUCCCCAUAUCCCUUGUGGCAGGUACAUAAAGAACUAAUGGAUGCCGACAAAGUCUUAUCUAGGAUGUUUGGCUUUUUUUCCAGUCCUCAAACAACCACGGUCUUAAUGUGUGUUUCGGAAGGGUUAUGGCUUAAUCAGUGGGUUUGAAUGCCCCUCUCUCCUACUUUUAUCUAAAAAGAUGGGCUUUUCACUGACCAUCGUUCCUUGAAGGGACGAAAAAACUGAGCCCUGUCUCUGAAAGGCCAAUCCUUUUUGCCUCCUGAGCUACGGAUACGUCUUACAUCAAGACCCGACUGCACUUGGCUCUUCUGUUUCCAGGAUUGAUUGUUUUCAAAGUGAAUUACCAAUGUCUUUACACGGACUGAGGUUAGAAUUUCAUUCUAUUCUUACCUCACAGCAUGAAAUAGUGAACAGGAAAUGUCGCAAGUCGUUUAUCGAUUCGAAUAGCCGAUGCAACUUGUCAAAAGUCAUUGACUACGCAGUUAGAUCGAUUUUUCGUCGUGCAUAUGCGCAGAUAUCGGACGUCUGUGUCUGGAAAUAUGACGUUUUUGUUAUUAGAUGAUUUUGUACUUGUCGUCAGUUCGAUCGAAUCUUUUUCGCCAACGCUUGUAGGUGCUACUUAAUGCUAUUUUUACUCCUUUUCUAGUGAAUGAAGUUUUGGAAAUACUGGAUUCUUUUGAAAAGACGAUUGCCGACGGCUGGGGCCUUCAUACACAGAAUUUGCCUUCUGCCCAUGGUAAAAUUUGUUCAUCUGUGUCACUGCUUGUUGCCCACCCAGUUCCCCCUUGUCCGUUUGUGGGUUUAAGUGGCGAACGGUCAGAGGAAGCCAACCGUGUUUAG